AUGCAUAAGACAGCGCUUACAGUGCAGAAUCACGAAGAUGGUGUGAAUGAUUUUGGCAAUGGUGAAUACAGUAGCGAUGAUGAAAAUAACAGGAAUCACGAAGAUGGUGUGAGUGGUGUUGGCAAUGGUGAAAACAAGAGUGAUGAAGAAAAUAAUAGUGGUCAUGAACAUGAUGUGGAUGGUGGCGGUAAUGGUGAAAAUAAUAGUGAUGAUGAAAGUGGUGGAAAUGCCGACGAUGAUGAAGAUAGUAGUGAAGAUAAUGAGCACUAUGGUGUUAGCAGUGGUGAAAGCAAUAGUGAUGAUGAAAGUAAUAGGGACCAUGAAGAUGGUGCGGAUGGUGUUGGCAAUGGUGAAAACAACAUUGAUGAUGGAAAUAAUAGUGAUCAUGAAAAUGACGUGAAUGGUGGCGGUAAUGAUGAAAAUAAUAGUGAUGAUGAAGGUGGUGGAAAUGCCGACGGUGAAGAUGAUAAUAAUGACGGUCAUGAAAAUAAUGACAAUAAUGCUGUUUAUAACACUGCCAAUGGAUUCGAGAGAGAGGUGUAG